AUGCUUCAGUCUCUCAUGAUCAGCUUCCAGUUCUCGGACAAAACCGAUACCCAAAGCUUUCAUAAACUCAUGCAACGCGCGGCUUCACUUGGGCUUUGGGAUUUGCGGGUUUUCGGCUCCUAUCUAUUCAUGGAGUACUUUGAUCAAUCGGACACUGUUUUCCAAUCAAUCUCCACUUGUGGAGGGUCGCUGGAGAACCUGGAGUUGGACGGAUUCAAGUUUUCUGUACCGGAAUUUGGGCGGGAGUCCUGGUCCGGGUUCAGAGUACUCAGAGAAUUGGCUUUGAACGGAGUCUGCUUUGAAUUCCUUGGCGAGACGGAACUCGACCCUUUUGCUGAUCUCCCAGCGUUGGAGCAGUUGAGCCUGAGUUCUUGCGGCCGCCGUAUGCUUGAGGAAGAUUGGCCUCUUUCUGAUGAUUAUACCGCCAUCUUGGUAGUAAAUGGACCCCAGUUGCUGACUCUGGAACUGAACAAUCUAACUGGUUUCUCCGAGAUCAGAGUUUCAGCUCUCGAGCUUACAUCGUUCACUUUUAAGGAUGGGGUUGACGAAUUUUCUCUGCCAACAAAAGUCUCAUUGCGCGCUCCAGCCUUACAGCAUGCAGCUCUCGACUUGGAGGGAUACGAAGAUUUGCCCGUUGGCCGGAAUAAGAGAAAGGCACAGAAGCAGUAUGCAAAGUUAAUCCAUGGUCUGCGUCGAGCGGAAUCUCUCGUCUUCAAAAUUGAUACCACCACGGCAUUCUGUAGUGCUUGUCGGCUGUUGAGAGGUCCACCUUCGCCUUUCCGAAGAUUGAAGUCCUUGACUUUGCGUCAUAAGGAAGCCAGGGCCGUGAUAACUGUUGAUCAUCAGGUUCUGAUUGCUUACUUCUUCGGCAGCUCUGCUCCCAGAAUUGACUAUGGCGAUCGAGUUACUAUGGUGGGUCCAUCCGUCUAA